GGGCUUUCAGUGCGUUUAUUUUGACUUUCAACGUAACGUCGUACGGUCUGUUUUCUCAGGCUUCUCUACAGUUUAGUAGAAGGAGUUUGUGGACUUCUGCCUUCUCAAAACUACCUUUCAAAUCCUUUGUGUUUGGACGUUCUCUAGACCACUGUUGCGUGGCUUCCUAUCGUACAGGUUUUAAAAUGGAUGCUGUUGUGCUACCACAACCUAACGGAGACAUUUUAAGCAGUCCUGAAAAUGGAAUCUCAGGAGAGGCUGUCAAGAAGCGGUUGUCAGUUGAACGGAUUUAUCAGAAGAAAACCCAAUUAGAACACAUACUUCUGCGACCUGAUUCCUAUAUCGGUUCCACAUUGAAAGACACUCAGCAAAUGUGGGUCUUGGAUGAGAGUCAGCAACAUAUGGUCAAUCGAGAUAUCACAUUUUCUCCUGGUCUCUAUAAGAUUUUUGAUGAAAUCCUGGUAAAUGCUGCCGACAACAAAGUUAGAGAUCCUACCAUGUCAUGUAUAAAAAUCGACAUUAAUCCUGCUGAGAAUAUGGUCCGCAUCUGGAAUGACGGCAAAGGAAUCCCAGUUGUUCACCACAAAGUUGAAAAUACCUACGUCCCUACUCUGAUAUUCGGCCACCUACUCACUUCAAGCAAUUAUGAUGAUACUGAACGGAAAGUGACAGGUGGAAGAAAUGGUUAUGGCGCCAAGUUAUGCAAUAUCUUUAGCAAGAAGUUCAUUGUAGAAACAUCCUCUAAAGAAUACAAAAAAAGUUUCCGGCAGGUAUGGGUCGAAAAUAUGACAAAGACAACUGACCCGAAAAUUUUGGCGGAUAAAGGAGAUGAUUUUACUUGCAUUACAUUCUAUCCCGAUCUUGCACGUUUCGGUAUGAACGAGCUGGAACAAGAUACGGUAUCUCUUUUUACUCGUCGCGCAUAUGAUAUGGCUGCAACCUGUAAUGGAGUUAAAGUUUUCCUUAAUGGCAAAAGAUUACCCAUAAAGAGUUUUAUGGACUACGUAAACCUUUUUAUCAAACCCAACAAAGAUGACGGAGACAGUGUUAAGGUUGUAUAUGAAGCAGUCAACCCCCGUUGGCAGGUAGCAGUAGCAGUUAGCAAUACGGGCUUUCAACAAGUCAGUUUUGUUAACAGUAUUGCAACUACUAAAGGCGGAACACAUAUUAAUUAUGUGAGUGAUCAAAUUGUAAACAAGUUAAUGGAAAUCGUCAAAAAAAAAUCCGGAAAAUCUGGUGUCCAAAUCAAACCUUUUCAAAUAAAGAAUCAUAUGUGGUUGUUUGUCAACUGUCUCAUAGAAAACCCCACAUUUGAUUCCCAAACAAAGGAGAAUAUGACUCUGCAGACAAAAAGUUUCGGGUCUACGUGUACUCUAAGUGAGAAGUUUAUUGGACAGGCCUCAAAAUCGGGUAUAGUUGAAAAUGUACUGUCUUGGAUUCGUUUUAAAGCAAUGGAAAAAAUGGACAAGCAAUGUCACAAAUCCAAACAUUCUAAGCUCAAAGGAAUACCUAAAUUAGAUGAUGCAAAUAAUGCAGGGACUAAAAAUUCUUCUCAAUGCACUCUUAUUUUAACAGAGGGUGACUCAGCCAAAACUUUAGCUGUGGCUGGUCUUGGAGUUGUCGGUAGAGACAAUUAUGGUGUCUUUCCAUUGAGAGGCAAACUACUGAAUGUUCGUGAAGCAUCUAACAAACAAAUUAUGGAAAAUGCAGAAAUAAACGCAUUGAUUAAAAUUCUUGGACUCCAAUACAAACUGAAAUAUGAGUCGGCGGAUACGCUGAAAGAUUUACGCUACGGCAAGAUUAUGAUUAUGACUGAUCAGGAUCAGGAUGGUUCUCAUAUUAAGGGUUUAAUAAUAAAUUUUGUUCAUUGUAACUGGCCAAAUUUACUAAAGCAUAACGUAGUAGAGGAAUUCAUCACUCCAAUUGUAAAAGUGUUUAAAGGGAAACAAGAAUAUUCUUUCUACAGCUUACCAGAAUUUGAAGAGUGGCAAAAAUCAACUCCAAACUGGCAUACUUGGCGUGUAAAAUACUACAAAGGUUUGGGUACUUCAACAAGCAAGGAAGCUAAGGAAUACUUUUCUGACAUGAAUCGUCAUCGGAUUCGAUUUCGCUACAGUGGGACUGAAGAUGAUGGGAGCAUUCAAUUGGCUUUCGACAAAAGUAAGAUAGCUGAUCGUAAAAACUGGUUGACCAACUUUACACAAGAACGUAAACGUCGACGUGAAUUAGGUCUCCCGGAGCCUUACUUGUAUGGGAAAGAUACUCGAGCAAUAACUUAUCAUGAUUUUGUUCACAAAGAGCUAGUGUUGUUUUCGAAUUUGGACAACGAACGGAGUAUCCCAUCUGUUGUAGACGGGCUGAAACCUGGACAAAGAAAGGUACUGUUCACCUGUUUAAAAAGAAAUCUUAUUAGAGAAAUUAAAGUUGCUCAGCUCGCUGGUUCUGUUGCUGAACUGUCGGCUUAUCAUCAUGGUGAACAGUCCCUGAUGAGCACUAUUAUUGGUUUAGCUCAAAACUUUGUCGGAUCAAAUAAUUUAAAUUUGCUUCAACCGAUUGGUCAGUUUGGUACGCGACUUAGUGGAGGUAAAGAUGCUGCAUCUCCUCGUUAUAUAUUCACUGCAUUGAACUCACUCACACGACUUAUUUUCCAUUUGGAGGAUGAUCCUCUGUUAAAUUAUCUAUACGAUGAUAAUCAACGUAUUGAACCAGAAUGGUAUGCUCCAAUAAUUCCUAUGGUCCUUGUCAAUGGAGCAGAUGGUAUCGGAACUGGCUAUGCAACACAUAUUCUCAACUAUAAUGUUAUAGAGAUAAUAAACAACCUUUAUCGUAUGUUAGAUGGUGAAGAACCGCAUCGUAUGUUGCCGAACUUCCGUGGCUUUACUGGUACCAUUGAGGAUUUGGGUAAUAAUCGUUAUGUUUGCUAUGGAGAAGUUGCUGUUCUAGAUGAUGAUACUUUGGAGAUUACUGAACUUCCUAUCCGGGUCUGGACACAGAAUUACAAAGAAUCAGUUUUAGAACCUAUGUUGAAUGGUUCAGAAAAGGUCCCUGCUUGUAUCACAGAUUACAAAGAAUAUCAUACAGAUGUCACUGUGCGGUUCGUUGUUAAGAUGUCUCCUGAAAAAUUGCGGGAAGCCGAAUCUACUGGACUUCAUAAAUUCUUCAAACUUCAAACAGUCAUGAGUACCGGUUCGAUGGUUUGCUUCGAUCCUUUAGGUUGUUUAAAGUGUUAUCCCAACGAGAUGGUUAUUAUCCGCGAAUUCUACGAAUUACGUCUUACAUGGUAUGAAAAACGGAAGGUCUACUUAGAAGGUGUAUUGUCUGCAGAGGCUCGGAAACUAGAAAAUCAAGCCAGGUUCGUCCUUGAGAAAAUUCAGUCUAUUAUGGUGAUCGAAAAUAAACCAAAGAAAGAAUUGAUUCGUAUGCUUAAGGAAGCCAAUUAUGAUUCAGAUCCUGUUAAGGCAUGGAAAGAAAGCAUAGACAAAGCAGCUGCUGUGCAGGAACAGGAAGAAUCUCGUACAGAUGAAGGUGCCCCUCAAACUGAAGCGGUUGAAGCAGGUCAACCUGACUACAAUUAUAUUUUAAAUAUGCCUUUAUGGAGUUUGACGAAAGAGCGUAAAGAUGACUUACUUGCUCAAAGAGAUGCUAAGCAAAAAGAAUUACUCAUUCUAAAAAGUAAAUCUCCUUCCGAUUUGUGGCGUGAAGAUCUUAAGAAAUUAGAGGAGGAGUAUAAGAAAGUAGAAGCGGAGUUGGCCGCUGAUGAACAGGCUGCAAUUGAAGCAGUUGAAAAAAAAUUAAAAAUAGCAUCGACUACGACAGCUGGUCGUGUUGCUGCUACAAAAUCACGUAAAUUAGCAAUGGAAACAAGACCAGAUCCAAUGGGUAGACGAAUUGUUCCGACAGUAGAUGCUGAUAUGAUGAAGAAGGUGGAGGGAAAUAAGAAGAAACGAAAUAAAACAGAAAACGAUCUAAAUGAAGGUAACGAGUUGGAUAAUAGUUUCGAAGCGAAUGAUGAAGAAAACGAUGGAAAUGAUGAACCUAAACCGCUUGCUCAGCGUCUUGGUGCUUCUGAAAAAACAGAUGUACAGAAGACAGCUACUACACGUGGACGUGGUAAAGGAAGAACUGUCCCAACAAGUCGUCCAAAACUUCUGAAACCAUCUAGUCCAAAUAUUAGUCCUAUUAAACGUAGAAAUGUGGGUGGAAAUGCCAAGCGUAAACGGUCUAGUCGUAUGCCAUGGGAGUCUGGCUCUGACACCGGAGACUCAGAAAGUCAAGUCUCUAUUGAUAGUGAUAAUGAUCACAUUUCCCCAAUUUCCGGUGGACCUGCUGUCGAUCGUGUACGACGUGAAAAAGCUGCAGCAACAAAAUAUGUUUUCGAUAACGACAGUAGUAGUAAUGAAGAAGAUAAUGAACAAGAGGAGAAUUUUCAAGUUGUUGAUCAUGGACAAGGAAAUAAAGAGAUUGAUAUACCGAUUGUCUCAGAAAUUCCAGACACUAAGUCAUCAUCAAUCCCAUCAAGUAGCCAUGGUGGUGGUGCAUCUGUAAAGGCUGAUUCUGGGUCAACAUCUCGUGGUGCUCCUGGUAUUGCAUCAGGUCGUGGACGUGGUCGUGGUGGCAAAGGACGGCAGUUUUCAGCUCCACCUAAAUCACAACCUAGUAUCAAAUCAAUGUUUCCUCCUACUCAGAAGAAAACCACAAUAAAUAUUUCAACAGACGAUGAUUCUAAUGAUGCCGCAAGUAGUUAGUAUAUUUCAUUAAUCAUUAUUAGCAUUGUAGAUAACAGUUCUGUGUUUUGUAUGUUAUAUUCACUUGUGUGUUAUUUUUCAUUUACCGAUUCACUGCUACAUUUAGAUCAUAAUACUAGCCAGUCAAACAAGUAUCAAAACGUUAACCUAGUGACUAUCAUAUAUAGGGUAACCUUACAGUAGGUUUAAUUCGUCGAAAUCCAUUAAUCUAAAUUUUUAACCGUCUGACUCUAAAAUUAUCUUCUUGAAAUCAUAAUGUUCAUCACAAUUUAUCGAAUUUCAUAAUAAGAUGUAUUUUGGUAAGUCUGAGUAGUGGACGCUCUGUUAUGAAACUCGCUUUUUUAAAUACUUUCCAAAUGUAGGCUGUCACAGCAACUCAGCCUUGAUAUGGCUAAGAGUGGGGAGAGUCUACUGUCGCUCUUUAAAUACUCUCACAUGACCAUACAUAUACAACCACUAACAAUGAAGUCCUCACAGCGGGGGUGUUGUUUACGAGAUUGAAAGAACGAAAAGCGAAUGUCCGGCGCUUUAACCGGAUUGGUGGAUAUUGUGCAUCUAUCUGGGGGGAUUGGAAAAGCCUGAUCCUAAACUAAUGACGUACAUAGGCUCCAGUAUCCUGAGGGAACAAAUGGUUUGUGAACCAAUUAUUGUUCACCGGCUACCAUGAGACUGCAUCUCGUAACGUUGCUUGACUGUCUUGUAAAUUAGACGUCUAGGCCGAAGGCUCCGGGUGUGGCUCCUUAAGAAAACCAUCUGCUUCAGUUUGGGCACCUAACCAUUAUUCCAGCCCUCAUAAAUUGAAUGACGAAGUGUGGCGCAUAUCUAUUUGGUGUCCCCUUAUAUCAAUGUUUAUGUGUUUAAAUAAAAUAAAACAAAUAUAUUUCUCUGAGUAAUCGUGCAGAUAAUCUUUCAUUAUAAUAACUAGAUACUCAUCAAUUAGUGUUUUUACAGUUUUACUUGUAGUCUAGAUCAUAGUAGUACAUCAUAAUAGAUACAAGCUGUUGAUAAUUCAACUUUUAUUAGUGAAAAUAAUAGUAAAUUUAUUUUCGACUUUUUAUUGUUUUGUGUGGUAUCAUAAAAAGAAAAUAACUGUAAAAAUUGCAAUAAUUUGGUCUUUUUAUGAUUUAUUUAUUCUCAAAUCAGUAACUACUUCUCAAAAAGAGCCUAGGGUAAAUUCUCGACGUACUGUAACAAAUCGUGCCCGAUACGUAUUUGAUGAUGAAGAUGACGAUCUAGAUAUUGACUCAGAUGACAGUGGUGCCAAAAAACAAUCCAAAGGUGGUUCACGUAAACGUCAGAAAAACGAUGAUGAUAGCGAUUUUGAACCCGAAAAGGUUAAGAAGGGCAAGUCAAAGAAGGGAGCUCUAGAUGACUCAGAUUUCGAAUUCUCCGACUAGACACUUGUACAGAAAUCCUUUUUUGUUUGAACCAUUUUUUGUUAAACAACUGUAAUUUCUCUUUUAUAAGGUUGCAUUGUAUUUGUUACAUAUUCCUCCCCGUUUUUUUAUUGGACAUUUUCGGCCCCGAAAUUUAUCACAUAUACUCAUAUACAUAUAUGUUUCUAUAAUGUCCCUUACCAUAUUGUAUUAAAGUUCAUUUUGGUAUAUACUAAUAACUGUUACAGAAAUGGAUAUACUACUUAUUAUAAAAUGUUAACAGUUUGGUAUGUUACUUGUUUUUGUGGUUUAUAUUCUACGUUAUUUCUCUUAUUGCAUUUUUCAUAAUUAUAUUACAACAUUUUCUGUUUUUUUACUGCACUAAAUAAUUUUAAAAAAAUAGUUUUUUGUUAAAUAGGUCCCAGUUUGGGUUUUUAUCGAUAUUUCUAAGUGUACCUUGUUAUGUU